AGGAAGGAUAUUCCGUCCAGGCCGCGAGCAAGGGUUUGGUUACCUUCAACCGUCGAAGACCCGGAAGAGAUUAUGAAGCUCAUUCGGGUCUGCAAUCCGGACAUCCCAACGCAGGAAUGGAGGUAUGUCAAAACUCUCACCAACAAAAAUAGCGCAGAAGAAUCGAAAGAGCAGAAGCGCGCCACCAUGCAGGCUCUCCUGCUCCUCACAGAGAAUUCAAUCGAACCAUUAGCGAAAUGCGAUGGGCAUCUGAGAUACGGUUUUGUAAAGGUGAAGCUUCACAUUUACAAAACAGAUACAGAUGCAAUUGAGUUCCUCGCCACUAAGGAAGGUGAAAAGCACAUGGGCGAACUAGAACCCAUGAGCGAAACCGAGCCAAUGAGCGAAGACAACCGGCCCACCGAAGAAGAAUACGCCUCUUCAGGCUCAGAAAUGGGCUUAGGGAGGCUGUACUUCGAACGGGAGGGUAAGUACCACACACAACAGCGUAAGUAUUCCGAAAGGGAACUUUUAUGCGAAAGCAAAGAAGACCCAGACAUAACGCUAACAGCUGAUGCAUCUUCUACAGAUAAACCUUCAUCACUGUAAAGAAGCCUGCCUUGCCCUCCUGGAGCGUCUGGCAGAAGAUCAGCCGGACGUAGUCCUCAUCCAGGAACCCUGGGUACGGAAUGGCGAAAUCUGCGGUCUGAGGACAUCAGGGUAUAAAGUAUACAAGACCAAUGGUGAAGUAACGCAGAUACUACGACGGUUAGCUGGGAAGUGAGCGGAAGCAACAUCUGGC